CUCUGUCAGCAGGUGGCGCGUGGACGCACAUCUCGGCCGUUUCUAAAUUAAUAGCUCAAUUAUCUCUGCAGCAGCCUCCUCUCCUCCCUCCUCAGCGACGCGACACGCCUCUGGUUGUUGCCUCUGUCAACCUUUUUAUUUUGGUUACGGCACAUGGCUCCGCGACAUAGUCCUUGUUGUAGCAGUGCGCGCGCAGUCAGGUGAAGAAAGCAGCUUAAAGUACAUCUGUUACCUUGGGAUUUGACUAGAAAGAGUUGAUCUGAUCCCUCAAUGGCACUAACGGUGAACCUGAUUGGCCCUUCCCCAUGGGGCUUCAGAAUAUUAGGAGGAAGGGAUUUCAAGAGGGCCAUAACGAUAUCCAAGGUCAACGGGGGCAGCAAAGCAGAGCAAGCAGAGCUACAACCUGGAGAUAUAAUAUUGGAGAUCAAUGGGGAAAACACAGCGGACAUGCUGAAUGUGGAGGCCCAGAACAAAAUUAAGAACUCAAAGACCCAUCUGCAGCUGGUGGUGGAAAGACCUGAACCUUCCAGUCCUGGACAGACCAAUGGCAUCAGUACCCCUGAACAACUCACUGGGCGCUUCCAGGAAGCGGUCAUAGUGAGUCGAGAUGAGAACCAGAACUACAGAGAGUACACAAUCUCAAGCCCUGCGUCGUUGUCUCCGGGACCUUAUUCCCCAGAUCCUCCUGCUAGCCCUGACAGAAAGGAUAUGCUGACACCGACCAUAAACAAGAGAGUCCAGCUGCGCUCAUGGUCACCUGAGGACAAAAGUAACAGGCUGUCAAGACCACUGUCUCAGGAGUUCUCCCCUUUAGACUUGAGACAUAACUCAGUUUCCAGCAGGACCCCUACCCCACCAGGACGCUACUCACCCCAUAGCCCCAUUGAUCGGGAUGUACCCAUGUCCCCUCGACGCAGUUCCAGUUCUGACUUUGCUAUGCAGAGGUUCGACAGAGAUUCAGAGGUGUACAAGAUGAUCCAGGAGAACAAGGAGUCCCGUACAGCACCUCGCCAGUCCAACACUUUUAAGAUGCUACAAGAGGUCUUGGAGGCUGAUGAGAAAGAGGCAGCGCUGCGGUUUCCAGGAAAGCUCUCACCCAGCGUCCCAACACCAAGUGCACCGGUAGGAGGGGUCAGCAAAUACCACACCUGUGAGAAGUGUGGCACCAGCAUUGUCACACAGGCAGUGCGCAUCAUGGAUGAUCGCUUCCGCCACCCAGAGUGCUACACUUGCACAGAUUGUGGGCUUAACCUCAGGAUGAGAGGUCACUUUUGGGUUGGAGAUGUGAUGUAUUGUGAGAAACACGCCAAAGAGAGGUACCAGGGCCCAGGCAACUUCCCUCAAACCACCGUUUCCCCUCGUCAAUGAGUCUGUAACGCUAUACCCGCCCCGCUAUGGACAAGCACGGCUGCUUGUCUGCCUGAAAUUCCACCUCGUCUGACUCCAACUCCAUCUGAGUUAUAGACCUUUGGAUGAUGCAUGGGGUGGAGAUUAUGGGGAAUAAUUGCUGAUCACAUUUAACCAUAUUCUUGCAAUAUUAUAUAUAUAUAUUUGCUUUACUUUUAACUAUAUGAGCCUCUAUGGUCUCCUUAGGUUAUUUUUGGCUCCCACAAUGAACAGCUCCCAUGGACUCAAGCCACAACACAUUGUGUUAAGGCCAGGUUUGCAUUGACCCUCUGAA